UAGAAACAAAAUGGCGGAAAAGAUAAUGCAAAUCUGACACUAGUAACAGAAAGAAAACAGUUCAAAUUUGAUAUAAUCAAUGGCCUGGCGAAUGACAAUAAUUCCGCGUAGAACUUUGCAAACUGCCACAUUUAGUCUGACAUAUUUUUAAAGCGAUGUAGCAAAGAGUAGCGUCCGUUUGUCUGGCUUUUCUUGGGUGAGAAGGCGGCGGAUAAUCGUAGUGUCCUAUUUUCGGUCAAAUUUCUCCUACGUUGUUGUGUUGUGUAGAGCCAGUUCAAGAUGGCAGGCGAAAUGUUGCAGCUUGCUAAGACCAAGAUUGGACAAGCGAUAUCUGAGGGAAACAUUAAAGGCUUGAAGAAAUGUUUGGAGCAAGGCCAAGAUCCACUUUUCAAAGACAGGAAAGACAACACCUACUUGCACUACGUGUGCACCAUGCACCGGCCACACAUCAUAUAUAUACUAUUCACAACACCGAUGGACAUCAACGCUCAAAACAGGCACGGCAACACGCCUCUUCAUGUGACGGCGCUGCAGAAUGAAUGCUGCCAUGUUGCUGACCUGAUGGCUGCUGGCGCCGACCCAACUGUGAGAAACAAGGAAGGAAAGACGGCCUCAGAACUUAAGACUAAAAACAAAUACUGGCAGUCAAUAUACAACAAGUACCAGCCAGGGAUAUUUCAGGCGGUGUCUGACCACAAUGUGGAGCGGGUGUUGGAGCUGUUGCACUGCUGGAGCAUGGUGGACUCAGUCAGGAAUGGCCAGACAUUGCGCCAGUUUGCUGCAGCCCUCAAGUUCCAUGACAUUGUCUUCCUACUGGAUGACCACAAACCCACCUUGGAUGCAGUUUAUGGUGUCCUGGAGGUCAACAAGGUCAAGGUGAAGGCUGCACUGAAGAAGUCAAAAUGCAACAUCAAUUACCUCAAUCAUGCAUCUACACGGCAGCAUAUCCUGCAGUACGCAAUUAGUCUCCGGGACAUUGACCUUGUGACCCUAAUCUGCAACGCUGGUGCCGAUGUCAACUUACCGGUUCUCGUCAACAGCUACUACUGGGGUCCCCUGUACUUUGAGGCCAUCAACAGUGAUCUGCCCGCAGAGAUUAUAUGGAAGGUGUUGAAGAACCAGCCAAACUUCAGCCUUAAGGAUGAGCGAGGACGGAACUGUAUGAUGUUCUCUCUAGACAAGACCAAUGGAGCCAUGCCACUUGAUGUCAUUGCAUACAUGCUGAAACAUGGAGCCUACAUCGCAGAGAGGGAUGAGACAGGGUCAACAGUGCGAGAUGUGGCUCGGUUUGCUCGUCGUCGUGAUGUGGUGAAUCUGAUAGACAAGUUCUAUGUGAAGAUCCUGAGAGAGGCUGAUCUGGAGACAUUGAGGAAACUCUCCGUAGAUGGAUAUGACAGUUUACUAAUUCAGCACAAUUAUCGUGACACUUACAUCUAUGCCUGUGGGAAUGAAACAGAUGAUGUACUCAAGUUUACAAACUGGCUGCCAGAAUUCCAGAAAAAUGUCAUCUUAAUUCAUAAACACAUCCGUAAUUCUGACAAGAUCAUGGUUGAGAAGUUGUUGUCUGACACAGAGAAGUCUCCAGACAUGCUGGUCAACGCCAGGGACAAGGGCGGUCGGUCUUCUCUACAUCUUGCUGUGUUGUUCGAGAACUUUGAUAUCGCCAAGUAUCUAAUGUCAAUGCCAGCAAUUGACCUAAAUGUCAAAGACUGUCAUCUACGCAGUGUGUACCACUACGCAUGUUCCGUUCCUGGAGCCGAGGGGAUCCGCCUUGCCCUCAUACAGAGGGGUGUUGACAUGGAGGCUCUUGAUACGUGCUGGAAGACGGGGGAGGACUACCGGAGUGGGAAGGGGGAGGUCCCAGCAUGGGUUGCAACAUGCAGGAUGGCCAAGUUCAGCAUGGCGCUGGAGCUACAGUGUGUGGACAAGUAUGAGGAACUGAGGCGGAUUGUGAAGAACAAGAGGAAAGGUCUCACUGAGUUCACGGAUGCCAUGAAGCACUUCAAGGCACACCCUGUGGUGGACUUUCCAAAACUUCUGGUACCUCUCAUGCCUGACUACAGGGAUCUCAUCUUCCUGGCUCUGGAACACAACAAACCAGAGGUCGCAGAGAGACUGGCCAACCUCGGGGCUGACCUCACACAGACAGAAGUGUAUGUGAUUGACUUUGAGCCAGAGACGGAGUCUGAGGAUGAUGAAUCUAAUGUUGGUUCGAAUGGUCGACCGCCGGUCAGUGCAGAGAUUGAGAUGACUCCUGCUGACCGAGCCCGAUACCUGGGACUGCCCAGUCUAGCUGAACGCAUGGACAAGAAGAGGGACUGGCAACUCCGUGACAAGGGCGACAGCCACCCCACCGUGAUGGAGCAGCUGAAUCAACAGUUUCCAUCCAUCUUUGUAACCCAGAUGUUCUGAUCUUCCUACCAUCUUCAUUAUGUGAUCUUCCCUCCAUCUUUGUCAUGUGAUCUUCCAUCCAUCUUUGUAACCCAGAUGUUCUGAUCUUCCUACCAUCUUCAUUAUGUGAUCUUCCCUCCAUCUUUGUCAUGUGAUCUUCCAUCCAUCUUUGUAACCCAGAUGUUCUGAUCUUCCUACCAUCUUCAUUAUGUGAUCUUCCCUCCAUCUUUGUCGUGUGAUCUUCCCUCCAUCUUUGUCAUGUCAUGUGUCUUCCCUCCAUUUUGUCAUGUCAUGUGUCUUCCCUCCAUUUUGUCAUUUCAUGUGAUCUUCCCUCCAUUUUGUCAUGUCAUGUGAUCUUCCCUCCAUCUUUGUCAUGUGUUUGUCAUGUGAUCUUCCCUCCAUCUUUGUCAUGUGAUUUUUCCUCCAUCUUUGUCAUGUGAUCUUGCCUCCAUCUUUGUCAUGUCAUGUGAUCUUCACUCUAAUUUUGUCAUCCCAGGGACAAACUACAGGCAACCAAGUGUUGUCAUCUUCCAACUACAGGCAAUUGUUGUAACUGUGAUAACCUAAACUGUUGUUUGUUUAUUGUUACAAGUUGUGAAAUCUGUGAUAUUAUAUACUUAUAUCCGUUUCUGUGAUGUGACAUGGUCACAGUUUCACCAGGGAUGAUAUCAGUCCCCGACUCAUUGGUGAUCUCAGUAUCAGCAGCAGCUGGAGUUGCUUGGUGGAGACAUGUUUGAGUUGGUCAAUAUUUACCAUAGCAGAAGGUAUUUAAGAGAAUAAAUUGGACUGUGACUCUCUUUAACUGUUUUACAUGUCAACCACCCUGAUUGUUUUCUUGAAGGAUAUUUAAAUCAAAUGACAAUAAAUGAUGACUGUGUCAUGGUUCUCUCACUUAAAAUGUUAUUCAUACUUUUAGUUUGAUCAGUGUUUGACCCUUCAGAAAUGAAAAGGCGCAUGUUUUUCCAAGAAAGUAGUUAUUCUGCGCGCCAAAGCAAUAGCGGUCCUUACUCAAUGGGGAACAAGGCAAAUAAAUGCAAUGACCCAAAAAUAAAUUGCUUCAGUGUCGAACUCAUGUUUCGCGUAUUUCAGACAUUAGCACACUCAUCUUGAUAUAGUCGACAGAGUAACCUCCCAUGUACUGUGAUACGCGGAACAGGAAAUCCGUGUUUCAGCCACUAUCAAAUAUCAGACUAUUAUUUGUGAAUAUCAGACUAUGAAUAUGAGCAUAAAAUGCGUUCUUUUCCUCCAUAUAAAAUAUGACAUCCACAAACAUUACAUCUGAAUGUAAUUUAUAAUGUAAUUCUUUUAAUUCAAGAAAAAGUCACAUGGUUAAUGUAUUUUUGGGUUCGAUGGAGAUUAGAAACAAGGAGUUUUGCUUAAUAAAUUAAACGUCCAUACCCAAAA